AUGCUGAGUUUCAUAAGCAUCGACUGUGGAUAUACCACAAACCCUAAGUACACAGAUCCCAAGACAGGUAUAACAUAUGUAAGAGAUGAGGGUUUCAUUGAUGCAGGACUAAACCACCCCGUUGACAAAGGGAAUUUGCAAGGCGACCUCGAAGACCGAUACCUUAACCUUCGCUACUUUCCCAGUGGAGAACGCAACUGCUACACGUUGCGGUUCGUAAUACCCGGUGGCAAGUACCUUGUUAGGGCUGCAUUUGGCUAUGGUGAUUAUGACAAACUAAACAGUCUUCCUACCUUUGAUAUCUAUUUUGGGGUCAACUACUGGACGACAGUAACGAUUGUUAAUUCGAGUAGAGCAUAUCUGUUUGAAAUAAUUGCUGUGGCCCCUGCCGAAUUUGUGCAAAUUUGCUUGGUGAACAUAGAAUCGGGAACUCCUUUCAUCUCAGGGCUUGACUUGAGGUCACUCAGAUCAGAUCUUUAUCAGGAGGCUAAUGUGACACAAUCCCUGGUUUUGCUCAGUUAUUUCCGUGACACGGUUGGUUUUGGGCCCAAUCGCUACCACUUCGGAACGAACGGUCAGCCUACUAGGUUUCCAGAUGAUCCUUAUGACCGUGUGUGGCAGAGGUAUGAAAACGUUCCCAGCUGGACAGACCUACCCAACAAAUCUAAUGGGACAAUCCAGAACUAUCCAAAUGACACUUACGAUGCACCAUCUGCAGUGAUGAGUAGUGCAUCCACUCCAGUUAACGCCUCAAGGAUGGAUCUAUCAUGGAGCUCGGAUUCAUCCAUGAGUGUUGGUGCUGACCCCAACUACUUUCUUGUACUCUACUUUGCUGAACUGAACACCUUGCCAGGGUUAAGGCAAUUUGAUGUUUAUGUGGAUAACUACCAAAUAGCCUCUGCAUUCAGCCCAAAAUACAUGCUGGCUACUGUUCUCUCGGAGUUUGUGCAAGGCUCAACCGAGCAUAUUCAUAACAUCUCGCUUGUGGCCACGUCAAACUCGGCGCUUCCGCCUCUCAUCAGCGCGAUGGAGAUAUACAUAGUGCAGCCAGUGAAUGAAUCUAUGACUUAUGCUUCAGAUGUCGACAGCAUGAUGACCAUCCAGACGGAGUUCUCUGUUAAAAGAAAUUGGGUUGGUGAUCCAUGUGUGCCUAAAUCUUUUGCAUGGAAUGGCUUGAAUUGCAGCUAUAUUCCCAGAAGUCCUCCAAGAAUAAUAGGCUUAAACAUGUCAUCCAGUGGAUUGGUCGGUGAAAUUGAUUUAUUUGGUCGCUUAGAUUAUCAACUCCUGGAUCUAUCGCACAACAAUCUGUCAGGAUCAAUACCUGAUUGGGGUCAAGGGUCACCAUUUACAUUUCUGGAUCUAUCUCACAAUAAUCUAUCCGGAUCAAUACCUUCU